AAAAAAUUCAUUAAUGUAUAGUUUAAGAUUGAGUAUUUUCUUAACAUUUAUUGUUGUUGUUGUUCCAAAUAAAUGUCCAUUUGAAUCAACAUGUGAAUGUGUUUCAUCAACGAUAACAUGUAAUGGUAAUUAUGGACAAAUUCCAAUAAUAUCAUUAAAUUUUUCAUUGUUUGACGAAUACAUAUUUGAAAACUAUGAUCUUCUACCAUCUCAUGCAUUCGAUCAUAUAAAUUUUCCUUCAAAUCAAAAUAUAUUGAUUCAACUUAUUAACGUAUUUAAAAUUGAAAAUUCAGUAUUUUCAUCCAAUUUGAUUAUACCGAUAAAUUCAACAUUAACAGUUGAUAUUAGUCAUCCAAAUCCGAAUAAUUCGAAUAUUAUCAUACAAGAGAAUGCAUUCAAUAAUAUUAUAUUAGAAAAACUUCGUUUUCAUAAAAUUAAAAUGUUUAAUGGAAGAAGAGAGUUUGAUACAAAAUGUUUCGGUCAAAAUUUGCAAAUAAAUGAAAUUAUAUUUCAACAGUCAAAUUUAGAAGGUUUUACAAGUACAUCAAAUGUAUAUUAUUCAUUACAAACAACAAAUAUUCUUUCGUUAAUAAUUGAGGACUGUCCAUUACCCAAUUUAAAAUCGACCAAUUUACCAAUAUUAUGA